UGUCCGAAAUCAAAAUCCCUGCGCUUCCCCCUUGCGUAGAUAGAUCUGCUGCUGCCUUUGCCUUUGAGGUUUUUCCUUAUCGCCGUCUCUCUGAUCUCCGCCUUCCUUAUCGGCAGCGCAGUCUCCGUUUCUUAUUCUUUCGCGGUUCCCUUCGACCACUGCCUCCGUAUACAAUCCCUGAUUCUCCAUUUCUAACAACAUUAACACAUUUCUUAACUACUCUCCCUAGGGUUUUCUGCUUCCUUUUUGUUUUUUGCCCCCUUGGAUCUACCCACCUUCGUACUUACGCUACUAAGUUUUAGGAUUUGGGGGUUUGCAUGCUGCCCUCCGUCAACUGAGCUUUACUUUUUUUUUUCUCCGCUUGUUUACAGUUGCGAAAAUGGCAGCUUAUUCUGGAUCUGUCAGUGCUGUCCAGGUAGGGUCCUACUUUGUGGAGCAGUACUAUCAUGUUCUUCGGCAACAACCUGACCUUGUCCACCAGUUUUACAACGAUGCUAGCUCCAUGAUUCGGGUUGAUGGGGAUUCCUCCGAGACUGCUUCCACAAUGCUGCAAAUACAUACACUUAUCAUGUCACUAAAUUUCACUGCAUUUUCAAUUAAGACGAUCAAUUCGAUGGAUUCUUGGAAUGGGGGUAUUCUGGUAGUGGUUUCAGGUUCUGCAAAGUCCAAAGAGUUCAAUGGGAUCAGGAAGUUUGUGCAGACCUUUUUUCUUGCUCCUCAAGAGAAGGGUUACUUUGUUCUUAAUGAUAUCUUUCAUUUCAUCGAGGAGGAGAUAGCUCAGCCCAAUCCAUUGCCUGUACUAUCAGAAAAUAAAUUUGAAUCUGAACUAAAUGCUCUCAGCUCCAUUCCAGAGCCACCAGUGUCCGACUAUGUUUUGGAGGAGAAUGCAAUAGAGUAUGUGGACCCAGUUCAUGUAGAAGAUGAUCCAGUUGAUAAAUACAGCCUUCCUGAACAACACCAACAAGAAGAAUUUGAAACUGAAGUUGUUGUGGAGGAGGCCACUGUGGAGGAUUUAGUUGCUUCACAUCCAAUUGUAGUUAAUAGUGUGCAGGAGCCUCUUUCUGCAGUGAUUGAUGAACCCGUUGGAGAGCCAGAAAAGAGAACUUAUGCUUCCAUAUUAAGGGCUUCUAGAGCGGAAUCUGCACAAUCAGCUAUUCCGCAAUCAUCAUUUUACCCGAGUGCUCCAGCUACUUCUGAGUGGAACCAUACUCCCGAACCUACCCCACAACAGAUAAACCCUGCACCAUCAUAUGCCCCUGAAUCUGGAGCAGAUGCAAUUGAAGAAGGUUUUGGUAUGGAAGAUGGAGGUGAACCAAAAUCUGUCUAUGUUAGAAACUUGCCGCCUUCUGUUACUGAAGCUGAAAUUGAGCAAGAAUUUAAAUCUUUUGGCAAAAUUUUGCCUGAUGGCGUAUUCAUUAGGUCCCGAAAGGAAAUUGGGGUUUGUUAUGCAUUCGUGGAGUUCGAAGAUAUUCUUGGCGUUCAAAAUGCCCUAAAGGCGUCUCCAAUUCAAAUAGGUGGAAGGCAAGUCUACAUUGAGGAACGCAGGCCAAACAGCAGUGGUUCUCGAGGAGGAAGAAGGGGAAGAGGAGGCAGAGGCAGUUACCAGUCAGAUGCACCCAGAGGACGAUUUGGUUCUCGUGGUUUGGGCCGAGGAAGCAGCCAGGAUGGCAGUGACUAUGGUAGGUUGAGAGGCAAUGGAUUCCCUCAGCGAGGGUAUCACAAGGUUCAAUAGCAUCAUCAAUCAUCUACUUUGUGCAUAUCAUCCAUUAUGGAGAUGAAAGCGUGGAAGAGUUUUUGGUUUGAAGGUGUGGGUUAAGAGAGAAUGCAGUGUCUCGGGUGUGAUGAGAGAGAGUGGUUUAGGAAUUGGUUUGUAGUUUGUGUUUUGAGGUUGUGAGGUUGACGUUACGUUAGUAGAAAUGUUAAUUUGUGAGGAAUUAAUUGAAGAAGAUAAGAUGGCAGAGAUUUUUCCCAGUUGGAUAGUUUUUGAGAUGCAAUUCAAGUGGGGAAUUUUGGGAUUUGAAGUAGAAGCAGUUGUUAGGCUAUGCGAGGGGGAAAGACUUGGAAGAUGAUCCUUUUCAUCAAUCGUAUAAUGAACUUGUUUCCUUUUGCUCUCUUA